AUGGUGAGUAUUUGCAGUUUGCCCCUUAAACAUUAUUGAGAGUGUUAAGAAAAGGCAUGACUUUGGGCAGGCUGGAGCCACAUCAUGCUCAAUGCGUUCAAGCCUAACACCAGCAAAGCCUUAUUGAUGGUCUUUGUAAGAGAAGAAAAGCCCAGCUGGGGCUGAGGAGAACAGUAGGCAAAAACAUCUGGACAGUACCAGUCGGAGGAGGCUGCUCUAUAUUCAAAACAUGAGUGAAGAAAGGCCUGUUGUGCUCAUCUGUAGGUGAUUCCUGGCUGGCUUUUAGCUGCUGUAGGCUGUAGCUGUCAUGAAAUCAUAGAAGGGCCAUCUAGUCCCUGCAAUGUAGGAAUCUCAACACAUGGUCUCCCAUCCAGUUUGAAAAUAUACCAGACCCUGCUUAGCUUUGUAAGUGUGACAGCACUUCUCAACAUGACUCCUGGAAGUCUUGUGGAUGUAUAGGAUCUCAUUUGCUUUGUACUUUGCAGUCCAUUGUCUAUUGUAUUUAUAUCCUAAAUUUCCUUCCUCUCCGUCCCCUUCUUUUUUACUCAUAACUAUCCUAAGAGGUAGGUUAGGGCUGAGGGAUAGUGACUUGCCCAAGCUCUUCCAGGGAGUUUCAUGGCUGAGCGGCAGCUUAUAUCUGGUUCCCCCCAUUGGUAGUCCAGCACCCUUCAUCAUUGCACCACACUGGAUCUCCCUUCUCAAUAGGAAAAGGGCUCCCUUUCCUGUGUAGAUCUCCACUCGUGUCCUUUAUCACCACAAGCUGUGAAGCAGGUAGCAAUAGGUGCUAAUGUGUGCAAAACACAUGGGACUGAAACACAAAUGUCUAUGACAGUAAGGUGCGUGGCUGGGAGAUUGCAACACCAAAAAAAAAAAAGUCCGAUCCCCUGCUAUAGUAACUUUAUGUUCCCUUUCCUGCUUUGUGCACCUCAUUCCUGCUGAAUGUUUCUGGACUUGUCUAGCACUCUACAUGCCUAUAAGUCCCAACUGGAUGACACAGCUAAUGCUUCUGCAAAGUAACUUAAACUCUCUUUCUGUGCAUGAAAGAUUCCAUUGCCUCUGGGGAGAAAACCCUAAGCCCUUUUCGCUGUGUGUUGCAAAUGGUUUGCUUCCCAAAGGCAGCGGUUUCCUGCUUCUGAACAACAUGUCCUUGCCUUGCCUGUUCCCCAGCUGAGUGUUGAUUGAGAUGGCUGAUGUCACACUUGAGUGUUUUGGCUCAAGCAACUGUCAUGUUAACGACCCCUGGCCUUCUGGAAGUAUAUCCUGAGACUAAGAAGAUGGCUGGUGUCCAUGGUGUCAGAUGCCUAAUUUGAGGGUCUCAGAAACCAUUCAGGCCAUUUUUAUGGAAAAGACAAGAUUACCAAUUUAACCCUCAAUUAGAAAAAAAUCUGUUUUAUGAAUAAUUCUGGAUUUUUUUAAUUGCCUGGAAACUUUCAUACAGUAUUUAACCAUGUUUAUAGCAUAAACUUAUUUUUGGGAAGCUGCUGAAAUCUAAAUGGGCUUGACUUUUUGACAGCACAGAAUCUGCUCCGCAGUCUUUAGUGGACUUACAAUGCUGUGCAUUCAACUUGUAUCCAUCAUACAGUGGUACCUUGGGUUACAUACGCUUCAGGUUACAGACUCUGCUAACCCAGAAAUAGUAGUACCUCAGGUUAAGAACUUUUCUCCAGGAUGAGAACAGAAAUCGUGCUCCAGCGGUGCGGCAGCAGCAGGAGGUCCCAUUAGCUAAAGUGGUGCUUCAGAUUAAAAACAGUUUCAGGUUAAGAACAGACCUCUGGAACGAAUUAAGUACUUAACCCGAGGUACCACUGUAUUUCUCUUUCUUUUAUGUUUUUCUUUUUUCCUUUAUUUUCUUUCUUUCUUUUAAAAAAGGUCUGUGGUUGUAUGAGUCACUCCUAUCACUUGUGAUCUAUAGAUAGGCACCUGUUCUCAAGUACCACCCCAGAGGUAAAACACUGGACAUGUUUUGCAAGGGAGUCACUGUGUUGUUAUUGCCCUUUCUCAGCCUUGGAUGAAAUCCUGGUCUCCCUUCUUCCUUCCAUUCCACUUCAUGUUUGAGUACCGUACAUUAAAAGCAUUCAUUCUCUCCCCCGCCCCCCAGUCUGAGCCACUGAUUCCAUUUCCCAUGCUGUUUCAAGCGCUCUUUCAGUACAGUAUAAUUUCAGUUUGUUUGUAUGUUUUUUACCUGUGGCAAAGAAAUCACUAAGCAAUUGUCCUAGAAAUGAGUGGUUUUUCAUGACUUUUUCAUGUUUUCUGUAUCUUAUGUACAUGAAAUGCAUUAGUAUAUAAUCCCUCUUUAGCUCUCUAUUCUGGACAAGGCAGAAUUCAUUGUGAAGCUUAGUCAUUAUACUCAGAAGUAAAACACAUGAGAGCCUUCGUUGUAACCACCCCCUCUUUUCAUUACUCACAGUCUCCUAGGAUAGGUGUCCCCAAAGUUUCUGCUCCCAUGCUCACUUGAGAUGGCUGAAAACUACUGAGGCUCACCAGUCACAAAAUGGCGGCCGAUAAAGGGGCAGUUUGGCAUAAUCGGGUGGCGGUUCAUGAUGUCUUCUUCUACUGUAUCUAAACCACCUUUGGAAAUGGCUAAAUUCUUUGACACUAUUUUUCUUGUGGCAGAAAGUUCCAUAGCUCGCCUUUCCUCAAGCUAAGUGCAGUACAGAUAUUUGCUUUGGGGGUGCUAUAACUCGGCCUCCCCAUUUUAGGAAGAAUUUGCUGGUCCUUUUACAUUUUCCCCUCCCCCCCCCCACAUGCUUCUCAAAUUAUAUUUACUCAUCUUCUGUAAUUUCUUCUCCUGUCCAAUAUUCAACCUGUUCCUCAUUCCUCCCAUCUUUCCCCCCUUCAAAAAUCCCCCACAAGUGCCAGUUUCUUUUUCCCCACAUCCCUGGAUUAUCCUCAUGAAGAGAGUCGCUGGUACCAAAUGACUAUGACGCAGCUUAAAUGUGAGGCAGACAAGUGAGAAGUUGCUGGGCAGGCUGUGGCAUUGAGGCCUACCUGAAAAGGUGGCCUGAAGCCCACUGGCAGGUUCUAGCCAACUCUUUGAGAAACAGAGCUUGCUAGAUCAGGCCAACGGCCCACAUAGUCCAGCAGCCUGUUGUGACAGCAGCCAACCAGAUGCCUGUGGGACCUGAGUCCAAGAGCACCCACCCUUGAUGUGGCUUCCAGCAACUGGUACUGGGAAGCAUUACUGUCUCUGUCCAUGGAGGCAGAGCAUGGCCAUCAUGACCAAUAGCUUUAUUCUCCCUGAAUUUGUCCAGCCCCCUUUUAAAGCCAUCUAGGUUGAUCGCCCAGGUGAACGGUCACCUAAAGUGGCAAUAGACAAGUCCGUCAAUUUUGACUCUUAUAUGGGGGCAGAUGUUCCUCCCGCCCUCUUGCAGGAACAGUGUGCACUUGUCCUUCCUUUAUGCUAGUCCCAGAAGUGGCAACGGAGGAAGUGCAUAAGUCAUGCUUCCUCCACUGCUUUGAUGAAUGCCUCUGACACACGCCAAGUCAGCUUGUCUGCCUAUAUUCUGAGCCGCUUCAAAAUCUGUUUUCUUCCAGCAUUCUUUGACGUGUGGUGUAUGGCUGAGGCUGGCCUGCACUUCAGUGUAGGAUCAUGUUUCUGAUUCAGUUCACAUGUCAGGAAACUGAUGCAAAAACAAAAACAUUUGCAAUGCUAUUCAUACAUUCCAAUCUGCAUAUUACAUUUUUAAGUGUUUACUAUUUAAAACUCACUGGAGAAAAUGACAUAGUAAAUAGCCUGUGUCACACAUCUAACGAUAUUGUAUAUCUCCACAUACUUUCACUGUCACGUUCCAGUGACAAAUGCAAAGUUCUCCUGGUGUGUUUUCUUCUUCAAAAGAACACGUAGAACACUCAGAUUCCUUCAUUCCGGUAUUCCUUUCCAAUAAUUACUUAUCUUUUCAUUGUUCCAUGAAAUGUGUUUCAGGUUUGCACUUGCUAGGCCUCAAUGUCUACAAAAAUUAUGCUUGGUUCUCAUACAGGUGCAGGUCUCUCAUGGCAUGACUUGUAUAAAAGACAGACUUUGAACCACCUUCUUGGCUUGAUAUAUUUGAGUGACUACAGCCUGAUUGUGUAUACCUUCGAAAAAGACAAAUCUUUGAUCUUCCUUCAUCCCACCUCAUAGAAACACACAACAAGGUCCCCUUUGUAUAAUGUAUCUUCAAAGCGAUAGAGGAAAUUGUACAGUUUCAAGAGACAUCUAUUGCAAAUUUCAGUGCUGAUUUCAACACUUGAUAUGGAAUCAUGCUGGUAAAUGCUUUUUCAUGCCCCUGCUUUGAUGACGCCAGUCUGCUGCUGAGACUUUUGCUUCAAUUGGGCCUGGAUAUAGUUGUCCCUUGGGUGCUCCAUGCUGUGUUUGUCCAUUUGCUUCACUACCCUAUUGCAAUUACAUAAUAGAAUAAAAGCACUUAGACAGAGCACGACCGCUGUCCCUUGAGCAGCAUGUAAUGUUCUCCAAACAACCAUUUUUUAAAAAUCCUCCUGAAAAGCACAAAGCUCUUUGCUUCCGCUCCUGGGUCCCCAGAGGUUGUGUAGACUGUAACAAAAUACUACAUGCAUCCAGAGUAGACAGCACAGUGACAGACCCCUAUGCUAGAAUUCAGGUUUCGGCUGAAUUCAUAUGAAGUGUGUUGGAGAUGAUUUAAAGAGCAGCAUGCAUGAUACGGAGGAGCUGAAUCUACUCUCUGCCUGGACUUCCAGCCCAAAUUGCUUUGUUCCAGCUCUGUUCCUCCCAAGUGGGCUCAAAAAAAAAAUGGGAAGAAACCCUUACAGCGAGAAAAAACAUCUGGGGGCAAAAUAGAUUUUUAGGGGGAGCAUGGGCAACAUAUUUCUCCAUGUUUGCCUAGCAUGUGGCAUUUAAGUCUCUCCCCACGCAUUUAUGUCAGCUUGAAAUGGCUCCACUUGGAUGAGAUCUACCCCUAAAUGGGAAACUUGAAUGUUUCAACCAUUGAAUUGGACAUAGCUUUUUGGAGUUAAACUUGAUGUUGAAACAUUAGCCUAAGAAGCCCUGAUGCAAUAGGGAAUCAGGCGCCAAUCUUUCUCCUGUGUUACCUGGGUUCUCUGCAAAUGACCUCAUCUUUGAAACUCACUUUUAGUAGAGGGAGACUUUUCAUCUUCAUCACAGGCACAGCAGACCAUCUAUAAUUUGAGCAACCUGGGCACACCGUGGGCCCUCCACAACCAGAACGAUGCAACAGGCCUUCCUUUAAUCAUUUUCUCCCUCCCCCUGCUUCCCCCCUCCCAGAAAAAAAUUAAUCAAGACUGUUUGCUCUCCAUCAAUGCAGUAUCAGGAAAGCUUUCUCAGCUCUGGUAUAAAGUGCAGCACUGAGGUAACACCCUUUCAUUGAAAGGAAGGUACAUAGAUACGGAUAAGCUUUUUGCCAGGUUGGCUAUCUGGUGAAUUAAACUACCUCCUUAAUUAAACUGCUACCUCCUUAUUCCUUGAAGUUUAAGUUCCUCCUAGGAUUCUCUGGCAGAGAGCUGAACUUACUUUAUGCAGUUUCUGGGCCAUUUUAACAACAUUUGACAACAAGAAGAAAUUAAGCCUUGAGUGUCAUCGGACCAAAACUGUGGAACACUCUGCUAAUAGAGAUUCAGCAGGUGCCUUCUGUGCCAACUUUUAAAUGCCUUCUGAAAACAUUUCUAUUCCUCCAGGUCUAUGCAGGCAAUGAAGAGUUCUCCCACAGUGGUUUACUGUAUUGAUGCUUUUUUUGAUUUUUGAUUUUAAAUUUGUUUUUAAUUUUCAUGUGCUUUUAUUGUACGUAUUUUUAAAAAAUCCUUUUAGAGUUGUAAACCCCUUUGUUAUUUUUUCUGUAUAUAAGUACUUCUAUAAAGAAAUAAGCACACAAAGCCAAGUCUUUUAAGGCAGGCAUGGGGAGCCUGUGACCCUCCAGUUAUUGAACUCUUAGCAUUCCCAUAAUGGCCAUUGACCAAUCUAGUUGGGACUGAUGGGAGUUGAAAUCCAGCAACACCUGAAAGUCCACAGGUUCCCUGGUCCUGCUUUAAGGCAUGCAGGGGGUGGAGAUAGAAACCAAAUUGUUGGUGUGUGCGCUUUUUACCUGUCCAAGGUAAGAGUCAACAUUUGAAGGUGGUGUAAAUAUUUGGGGUUGUCUGUCUAGAAACUAUUGCUCUCAUACUUUCAGCUUAGGGUGGGAUAAAUUUCUCUCGCUUGUACUGUUUGGAUUCUAUUGCUCCCUUUGGGGAUUAGGCACCUUACGCCAACUCCAGAUGCACACAGCUCAAGGCAGGCAGAGAAGCAAGAAAAACAAACCAAGCCUUGGGGUCUUCUUCCUGAGACUGUUUACUGAAGCAUCAGUGGUGGCAGCUGCUCUCCACCCUGCUCUGGGCAAGCAGCACACACAACCUGUUCCAUCUUCUUUUAUAAUAAUAAUAAUAAUAAUAAUAGGCUGAAUUCUCCCCUGCUAGACCCUGACCAAACUUGUGCUCAGCUUUCUUAGAUUUCCUAUGCAUUCUUGAAAUGGGCAUGAUGUGAGCCAGUGAUGCUUUCUUCUUUCUCCUCCUAGGUCAGCAUGGGUCUGCCGCCAUCUAUAUGCCAAUCCAGAGUGUGCCAUAUUGCCAUUGAUUGGUGGGACACCCUCCUGUGCCGGAGCUGGUGGAAGAGCCUCGUUUUAUGUACAUCAGCCUUGGAUGUGUGUGGGUUGUUGUUGUUUUUUGCCAAAGACUACUGUGCCAAAGUAUUGUACUGCCAGCUCUUUGAAUGCUCUUUGCACAGCCCCCUGCAAAGACUUGAGAACUUACCUUCACAAUGGAGUCAAGCUGCCCUUUGA